AUGUCUUCUCCUCCCUCGACUCGGCCAUAUCGGUCAAAACGUCAGCGACCCUGCGAUCAAUGUCGGGCGCGCAAGCUGGGAUGUCAAACGGAUGGCGAAGCUUGUCAACGAUGCCGUUCGGCCAAAUUGAACUGUACUUUUGAGAAACCUCCCCCGAAAAGGGCCCGUCACUCGGCUCUUCCCUUUCCAAGUGUCGAAACCUCGCUGGCUUCGACACCCAACCGGGAUUUGACGCACAAUUCCAGUGUGGGUGGAUCCCCAGAACCGCAAUUUCCUUCCCUGGGUUUGGAUCGAAGUAAUGGCCUGUCUCCAGGCUCCGGUAUUCUACCAACCGGACGUCCCCCGGCCCAAUUUGUACAGAGUAUUGAUCAGCUGGAAAACGGCCAUGCUCAGCUGUUCGGCGCAUCCGCCGAAUCAGAUCCGUGGUUAUUGAGGCACUGUUCCUUUGAUGAUUCCGGCAUGAAGCACUUUUAUAAGGUCCACUUUCGCAAUGCCGGGGGCGUGCCGACUAUCCAAAGAAUCCCAGUACAUUUCAUGAUCUCGGCGAACGAGCUCGCAGAAGCGACCAAGCUGGAGACCCGGGCUGGUUCGGGCGAUAUAACCCGCGAGCGUCUGAAUCAUCUCGUGCCCCCAGAGUAUGGGAGAAGGCUGGUCGGGUUGUUUGUCAAGUAUAUUUUUCCUGCUCUGCCGGUCAUCUCUCGUUCUCAGUUGGGGUUGACUACAGCGUCAUACCAACUGCCAGAGCUAUCUGCAGUAGAAAAGGUCCCUAUUCACUUGCUGGCGGCUAUCUAUGCAGCGGCGUUCCCAUUCGUGGCCCAUGAUGAUUAUCUUUGUGUCCUGAGCACUUACCACACAUCUCCCGUGGACACGCUAUGGCGGAUGGUCUAUGAAUUGAUCUCCGAAGAGAUCCACAGCCCACGUCUAGCAGUCCUACAGGCAGCCUUGCUGUACAUUCAUCAGCAUCCACGGGAUGAGACCCGCCUCACGACGGCCGACACACCGUUUUUGUGGUCUUUUGUCGGCCAAAUUGUUGGGCUGGCUUGUUCGCUCGGCCUUCACAUUGAGUGCCGUAUGUGGGGCAUCCCGGCAUGGGAGAAGCGCCUGCGUCGGCGGUUGUGGUGGGCUGUCUACACCGAAGACAAAUGGCGGAGUUUGUUGAUGGGCCGGCCGCCCUAUAUCCACCCUGCCGAAUGGGACGUGAGUGAAUUGGAUGAAGGAGACUUCCUGGUGGGACCUCGACAAGGGUUCUCAACACUGUCUUGUGAUACUGAGAUCCCUUUCCGAUACCUCGUCAAUCUGACACGCAUCGGCGAAGAAAUUCAUGAUACAUUUUACACGCUACGAGCCUCGCAAAUUCUGAAUGCAAAUUUCAGUACUUCGGCUGAAUUGGGUCGUGGCCUGCUGGAAAGGCUGAAUGAUUGGUAUUCUUCCCUACCGGAGACCUUUCGACUUCCUAAUUGGAGCAAAUCUGUCAAUGGUCUUGCCCCAUAUCCCACCUCGAUUCACUUUGCUUACCUCUUACUCGUUGUUUAUGUGUACCGUGCUAUGUUAAGGCCAAUGGCAAGAUCCUCCACUCCGCCGCUCAUUUUUGAUCUGGAAGAUAUGUCGGCUACGUCACCCUUGCCUGUCAAUGAAUCCAUGCUUGACUUCAUGGGUCUCCCUGAAAUCGAAUCCUUACCGGAAAUCGAGAUAUCCGACGAAUUUGGGACGGGUGAGGCUACUCUACAUGCGGCAGAGAAGUGUGCGUCCAUCUUAGUGAAUUUUACACGACGACUAACUUCAAGUGAUUUCACGGGGUUCUGGUAUUCCUGGUCACGAAUCGGGUUUGCGACCAUUUCCAACUACCUGAUGUUGUUGCUUGUACAAGCCCCGAAUGAGGCUCAUGCUGUACGAGCAAAGCAUCUUGUAGAUUCAUGGUUACAUGUUCUGCGAUGCCAAAGCCAGAGCUUUUCGCUGGUCAAACUCGGCCUUGCUCGUCUUGAUGCACUUCAUUGGGCAGGACUAAGCAAUACCUUUGUAUUGCCUUUGCAUGUCCAAGAGGCCAUAGUCAAUCCAGAGAUAUCGUAG